UUUCUUGAAGAUGAACUGAGGACCAGGAAUUAGAUGCACACUUAUCACUUGGAAUACCCAGAAAAAGCAGCAAUUCGCCUAUAUAUUCAAUUCAGUACUGAACUUCAAGGUGUCUAGUAGAAGAAAACAAACGCCUGAAGAGAUGUAUAGGUCGGGUGAACGCCAUUCUUUGCAGCAGAAUGGCUGGGACACCACGUCCCAAGAUUACCAUGAACACCUGUCGAGAGUAGCGAAGAUGCCCAGUAUUCAUCCGAACGUCCCUCAAUACCCGAACGUGCACUCCGCGUUCCACAACAAAGUCGCUUCGGAAGAGGAGAGUGAAUCGCACCGCAAUAAUCAUCAGCGCAAUCACAACCGCCGCUCCCCUCAGUUCCAGGAGAAGGUGGAAGUGAUGGAGUUCAAGGAGGAGAGGUUCGAGCAUAACAGGGGCAAAGAUACUGAUGUGUUUGAAGAAGUCGUCGAUGUGAAGGCCGACGACUUCAUUCAACAGAAGCACCGAAGAUUCGAACUGUGCAAGUGGAACACCUUCGCGGCGCAUUAGACCUGUCGAGCUGAGACUGUCCAUGCUUAAUUUGGCAGGCAAAAUAACCUCCCAAGUCAUAAGGGUGUUACUAGCAACCUUGACUUAAAUAAAGUGCCUGUCUUUGCUGUCA